AUGCUAAGCAAAGCCAAGAAAGGUUCUCACAUUCGCACAAGAGAUAAUAUGGGGUUUGAAAUGAAAAGGCUUAGGUUUAAGUGUCCCCCAAAGAACUGGGAGCUAGGUCGUGGUCUGGAGAUGGGAGACGGCCAUCAGGAGCGCUCCACUGCAACUGGGUUGCCUCUUGUGGCUCACUCGAUCGAGCUUGCGGCUCCUCUUCCUAAAACCUGCUCCUGUAAGACUUAG